AUGUUUUGGGCGAUUUACUUCCGCGAUGUUAAUCUUCUGGCCGAUACUGAGGCAAUGCGCACCUACCCUGCGUGGCACAUGCAUGUCACGGUUAGUGCGUUACGAUUUUGCGACGGUUUAUUCAGCACACCCUCGUGGCAUUAACUGCUGUUCUGGACAUUGCACUUAGUCGCCCGACUUCCUUGCCCUACUUCGGUACCGGUAUGGUACUGUUGGCCUAUUAUGGCAGCUAUGCCGUCUAGUAAGCUCCUUUACCAUAACUAAAUCCCCAGUACUGAGUGGCUCAUCAACACCCAGAAAGUCUACGUAUAUCCAGUGCUCAAAGUGUUAUCGACCAACGGCCGUUAUCAGUUUUACGGAAUUGUCUUCGCUACUGCGUGCAUAGUCUUCCUCGCGUGCGCGUUUCUUAUCAAGCUCCUCUCCGGUCAGCGUCGCAAGUCAAAGAAGGAGAAGGCAAGGAAUAGGAAGCCCGAGCCGUCGGCCUCACCAAAGCCGAAGACCUCGCCGCAGCCUACGAGUACGUGUAAAAUUGCAAAUUAUUUGCCUUGGUUUGGUGCUUGUUUCUUUACUUUAAGAAAUGCAACAUAUGGCCACACCAAUAGAGGUUUAACCCAGUUUUUGCUCCCGCCUGUUUUCAUCGAAUGCGGACAGACUUAGUUGAUCUCCGAAUAAGGCUUCUUGAGAUUGCCAUAUAACCCUUCUACGCAAUUGAUCCCGCAGUAUGUAGCCAUGUAGACCGCAUGCUCGCCCUUAGUAAACGACUUCACUACAGUCAUUUUGCAAAAUGAGAAGCGCACUUGUAUUCAUGUUAACUUACUUAUCAUGGACAUGAUUUUUUCCGAAUUCCGUUUAGCUGGCAAAAAGGCGAAGCAAAAGAAACAGGACUGA